UCGUUGGAAAGAAAGAAUGGAGCUAGAGAAAAAAUCAUUUUACGUAAACGUGAUAGCGCGAGCCUUUUUAUCGGCUCGGCGUUUAGAGCCAGGAAUACGCAAAUUCGCGAAGUUAUUUGAUCGGCAUUGGCUACAGUUAACCACGCGUAAUAUGUUGUUUCGAAAAUUUCGUUUUUUAAUAUUAAAACUCAGUGCUCCUACAAUUAAAGUGCUAUACGUAAAAGGUUAUUUAAAAAAUCAUAAGCUUCUAAUGAUUGCUGGUGAGGUGAUAGUACAGCACAAAAUGAAUAAAAAUCACUUGCUUGAUGAUAUUAUCUUGCAGUUUAAUGCCUAUAAGGCGCUUCAAGAAAUGUACGAUGAUGUCGAAGGGGAUCAAUUUAUUUUAAAUGUUAACCUCGAUGAACUAUCAGCAUCUACAAAUGGCUCGGCAGCAAAUUGCAAUGAUAAUUUAAAUGACUCAGGAAAAUUCGAUGAAUGAAAGAAAAAUAUUGAAACAAAAAAUUAAUCGAAGUACUUCUGAAUUAUAUUCC